AUGUCACCCAAGUUGAAAGACCCUAGAAACUUCUCUAUCCCUUGUGCUAUUAACAAGAUGCAAAUUGAUAAUGCCCUAUGUGACUUAGGAGCUAGUGUAAGCCUAAUGCCAUAUUCAGUUUAUCAAAGAAUUGAUCUAGGGGAACUCUUACCUUCCAACAUUACCUUGCAACUAGCCGAUAGGUCAAUCAAGUUUCCAAAAGGUAUAGUGGAAGAUGUUCCGUUCAUGGUUGGGAAGUUUGUGUUCCCGAUGGACUUUGUUGUACUUGAAAUGGAUGAAGAUUCUACCAUUCCUGUCAUUUUAGGUAGACCCUUUCUUGCUACCUUGGGUGCUAUGAUAGAUGUCAAAAGUGCAAAGAUUUCGCUUAAGGUAGGAAAUGAGGUCAUUGAAUUCGAUUCGAAUGAAAGAAUGAAAUAUUCAUGUUCUUCUCUAGAAAAUUGCAUGGUGAUUGACUCUCUUUAUCAUGUUGUGUCUUCCAUGCAUGAGAACUUACUCACCUCUAACGAUGCUCUUGAGAAUGUUUUGUUGAACAAAGAUAAGGUAGGUGCCCAUGCAAGGAGAUGGUAUUGUAUGAGGAAUAGCUUAAUGGAAGCAUGGAGGAAGUGGAUGAGCAAAUAUGCUUGA